UUUCCCAUAUGCAGCCAGAGCUGCAUAUAUCUUUUUCCUAUUAUAAAAAAAAAUCAUUCAGAAAUAGUAAAGGAAAUUUUGCAUAAAACCACCUUUUAAAUCUUAUUUUUUGCAAAAAACCACCUUAUAAAAAAAAUGUUGCAAAAGACCACCUAAUUACAAAAAAAUGUUGCAAGUUACCACCUAGUGCCGGAAACAAAGAGUUGACCCAUUACUCCGGCGUUGACCUUGAUCACGUGCUAAACACGUGACCCUAAAUGACCCUUUUUUUUUCUCUCUCCCCUCAUAAGUCAUAACUAUCCUCACGUGAUUAAAUGGAGGGCAACCCAACAAUAAUCACUGCCGUCACAACCACCAGUCCACCACCAGCGUCAAGUCUUCAACCAAUGGCUACCCACCACCGCCAUCACUCAUCUGUUAUCUUUCUAAAGCAAGCUUAGAUUAUUUCUUUCUCUCCUCUCUUUCCCCCAAUUUCUGCCAUUUCUAGGGUUUCAUCAUAGCUUCAAAAUUUCAAUUUUUUUUUUUUCAUUCCAUUCACAAAAUCAAAUACCCAGUAAGUGAAUUAAUCAAAGAAGAAGAUGCAAAUCAAAAUGCUAACAGAAUUGCAAUUUUCGAUAGAUACAUGGAUCCCAAAUUUAAAGGCCACCAUUUCUCACUCUCAUAAAGAUCAUUGUUCUAGCAUUACCUCUUAUUCUUCUUCUUCCCCAAUUUACUUUACUCAUCUCAUGGGUUGUAAUGGCGAAGAGGAUAGGUAUUCAGUUGUCUUUGUUGGCCUUCAUGAUUUUCUUAAUGCGGGAUAAUGCGAGUGAAUGGUUCUUCGAAAUGUUGGUAGUUUCGAUUAUUUGGCAUUGGUUGUAGAACCAGAACAUUUGUAAUCGUUUUUGUUGUUGGAGAAGGUGGUGAUAAGGGCGAGGCAGCAUGACUGUGGGUAGCCGGUGGUGCUACCAAUUAUUGCCUGUAGUGAGUAGUUGUACUUGUGGGAGAAGAGAGAAAAAUGGAGGGUGAUUAAGGUCACAUGACCAAGUCAACAUCGGAGUAAUGGGUCAACGCCGGAGUAGUUGGUCAUAUAGUCACUUUCCGGCAAUAGGUGUUAAAUUGCAACAUAAUUUUAAAAAAAGGUGGUCUUUUGCAACAUUUUUUUUAUAAGGUGGUUAAUUGCAAAAAUCGAGAUUUAAAAGAGCACCGGCGGUGAGUUUAGGGGGAGAAGUAGCGGCCAGUGAUGCGGCAGUGUGAUGCGUGUCGCAUUAAUAGCCUCAGCAUUGAGUUGGGCAACAUCAUUUCAGCCUCGUAACCUCCUCAGUCGUAACCUCCUCAGUCGAAUGCUUUUUCAUGGAGAAACAACUAUGGCCAGGAGAAAGCUCUUGUUGCUCUUGAAACCCUUCGAUGUUCACCCUCUUCGCCAUUCUGAUUCUCUUUCUGGAAUUUCCAAUUCUAAGAUACUUUGCCAUUUAAGCAAUAGAAUUCAGGUUCACAAGGAUGCUAUAAGCUUAUGUCAGGAAAUUCUGCAGCGAAAGUCGAUUGAGUGGGAAACUCUAUUUCACAAUGAUGUAACUCGCCCGAUCCAAGAUGUGGAUUUGGUUUUAACUAUUGGAGGUGAUGGCACUCUUUUGCAAGCUAGUCACUUUAUGGAUGACAGCAUUCCAGUUUUAGGAGUAAAUUCGGAUCCCACACAGAUUGAAGAGGUAGAACAAUUCAAAGAUGAGUUUGAUGCCGCUAGAAGUGCUGGCUACCUUUGCGCAGCUACAGUCAACAACUUCGAACAGGUGUUGGAUGAAAUUCUCAAUAAACGUGCUAGGCCUUCUGAAUUAUCUAGAAUAUCCAUACGUGUGAACUCACACUCAUUGAAGACACACGCUCUAAAUGAUCUUCUGAUUGCACAUCCUUCCCCUGCAACAUUGUCUCGGUUUUCAUUCAGGCUCAACAGAAAUGGGGAGUCAUGUGGCCCAUUAGUAAAUUGCCGGUCGAGUGGUUUAAGGGUUUCAACAGCAGCCGGAUCAACUGCUGCUAUGCUCUCUGCUGGUGGAUUUGUGAUGCCCAUUUUGUCUAAGGACCUCCAGUACAUGGUGAGAGAACCCAUACUGCCAAGGGGUUCAAACUCUAGCAUGAUGCAUGGUUGGGUAAAGUCCGAUCAGACCAUGGAAAUUGCUUGGUCCACGGAAGAAGGUUGUGCAUACAUUGAUGGUAGUCAUAUCGCUCAUCCUAUUAAGAAGGGGGAUAUCAUUGAAUUAUCAACAAAGGCCCCUGUUCUGAAGAUUUUCCUGCCACCCCACUUGUUAUCCUCUUCUAAUGAGCAUGCCGCAAAAUUGUGAAAUUUAUUAGCCUUUUUCAUGUUUGGAAAUUAAUGGAACAGAAGGAUAAAUUUUUUGAAUCUCUUUUUUCUUAUUUCAUUGUAGUUAGUUUUGGAGGGAGUGGUUCUAAAAGUCUGUACAUAACAAAUAGUUCUGUUUCAUAGCAGGAAAUUCCACUGACUCGGGUUUGAUCCACAUUUUUGUUGUCAGGAUGAAUUUUUGAAGCACUUGAGAUAAUCCUGUAUCAGAUUAAGAAAGGAUUACAUCAUAUAUCAAAAAAUAAAUUUUUUGCA